GAUCUCCAUAUAUACCAAUGUCGCAACUUCAUUUCUUCGUCAUAUCAUUUCCUGCUCAAAGCCACAUAAACCCAGCUCUGCAAUUCGCCAAACGCCUCAUACGCACUGGUGCCCAUGUCACCUUCAUCACCAGUGUCUCUGCUCACCGUCGCAUGACUAAAACCGCUACCCUUGAUGGUCUAACCUAUGCUUCCUUCUCAGAUGGCUACGACGAUGUCUUCUUACCCAGCUACGAUUUCCUUCACUAUAUGACUCAACUCAAACGCUGUAGCUCUCAAGCUCUCACUGACCUAACCAUGGCCGCUGCUAACGAACGCCGCCCGGUGACCUGCAUCUUUUACAACUUUCUCCUUUCAUGGGUUGCUGAGUUGGCACGUGACCUACACGUGCCAUCUGCUGUACUAUGGAUUCAACCUGCUGCCCUUCUUGAUCUCUACUACUUCUACCUCAAUGGGUACGGCGAUCUUAUCCGUGAAAAUAACAAAGACCCUUCUUUUUCCAUAGAAUUACCAGGACUACCAGUUCUCACCUCCAGAGACCUACCUUCCUUUUUACUACCUUCAGAUGAGAAUCUCUCUCAGCCUCACGUUAUGCCUUUCGUCCAAGAACUCUUUCAGAACUUGAAGAAAGAAACCAAGGCUAGGGUUUUGGUUAACUCAUUUGAAGCCUUAGAAGUUGAAGCCCUAAAAGCGAUUGACAAGUUUAGUAUAGUUGCGAUCGGACCGUUAAUCCCAUCGGCUUUCUCAGAUGGAAAGGAUUCUUCAGAUACUUCUUUUGGAGGAGAUAUGAUGAUCGGUAGUUCGAGGGAUUACAUAGAUUGGUUGGAUUCAAAGCCAGAAGCUUCAGUAGUUUAUGUAUCUUUCGGAACCACUUCGGUACUAUCGAAGGAUCAGGUGAGAGAGAUUGCUAAAGGGUUAUUAGAAAGCCGCCGGCCAUUCUUGUGGGUUAUCCGGCCAACUCCGGCAAACGGAAAAGAAGAAGAAGAAAAAGAGAUGGUGGAAAACAUGGAAGAAUUAAAGAAAAAUGGAAUGAUGGUACCUUGGUGUUCACAGGUGGAGGUUCUUUGUCACCCUUCAAUUGGGUGUUUUGUAACACACUGCGGUUGGAAUUCGACGUUGGAAAGUUUGGUUGCCGGAGUUCCGAUGGUGACGUUUCCACAGUGGUCGGACCAAGCAACGAAUGCGAAACUGAUAAAGGAUGUUUGGAAAACAGGUUUGAGGUUGGAUUUGAAUAAGGAAGGGUUGGUUGAAGGAGAUGAAAUUAAGAGGUGUGUGGAAAUAGUGAUGAAAGGAGAAAAUGGUGAAGAGAUGCGAAGGAACGCUAAGAGAUGGAAAGAAUUGGCAAGGGAGGCUGUGAUGGACGGUGGUUCGUCGGAUAAGAACCUUCAAGCGUUAGUGGAUGAGGUUCGAUCGUUGCAGAGCCUUUCUUUGUAA